AGUUUUAUUACAACAACAACAAUAAUAAUAAUAAUAAAAAAAAAUUGUAAUAAUGAGAUCGACUGAUAUUUCUCUCCAUUCAUUCAGAUAUUUCUCUUCUAUUUCUUUUUUAUUUAUAAAAAUAAUAAUAAAAUAGGCAAAAAGAAAAGAAAAGAAAAAAAGAUGAUUCUGUUCCAUUGUGUGUGUGUGGAUGAUUGGGAAUGAUCCCUCCAACUCCGAAUUCAAAGAUCUGAUUUUUAUUAGUAGGUAACUCUGCUAAAUGCAUUUCCUUCCAAUUUUGGCAUAAAAACGAAAGCUUUGAUUUUGAAUUGAAAUUGAAAUUGAAUUGUAUUGAAUGGAAUGGGAGAAUCAUCAUCAUCAUCAUCAUCAUCGUCAUCGUCUGUGACAAUGGAGCAUGUUCUCUUGGCUCUGCAAGAAACCGAAGAAGAAAGGGACUUAAGAAUUCGAAGUCUAUUCAACUUCUUCGACACCGCCGACGGAGGCUACUUAGAAUAUUCCCAAAUUGAGAGCGGUCUCUCCUCUCUUCAAAUCCCACCUCAAUACAAGUACGCAAAAGAUCUUUUAAAUGUCUGUGAUUCAAACCAAGAUGGCAGAGUCGAUUACCAUGAAUUUAAGCGUUAUAUGGACGAUAAAGAGCUUCAACUCUAUCUCAUUUUUCAAUCUAUAGAUAUUGAGCAUAAUGGCUCUAUUUCCCCUGAAGAACUCUGGGAUGCACUUCUUGCUGCAGGGAUAGAAAUUGAUGAGGAUGAACUAGCUAGGUUUGUGGAGCGUAUGGAUAAGGAUAACAAUGGGGUUAUUACAUUUGAGGAAUGGAGGGAUUUUCUCUUGCUUUAUCCUCAUGAAGCAACUAUUGAGAAUAUAUAUCAUCAUUGGGAAAGGGUUUGUCUUGUUGAUAUUGGUGAACAUACAGUUAUUCCAGAAGGUAUAAGUAAACAUGUUCAUGCUACUAGAUAUCUUGUAGCUGGAGCUGUUGCUGGUGCUACUUCACGUACUGCUACAGCUCCUUUAGAUAGACUUAAGGUUGUUUUACAAGUUCAAACAACUCAGGCUCGUAUUAUGCCUGCCAUUAAUGAGAUAUGGAAGAAUGGUAAGUUCUUGGGAUUCUUUAGAGGGAAUGGUCUUAAUGUUCUUAAGGUUGCUCCUGAAAGUGCUAUCAAGUUCUACACUUAUGAGACCAUUAAAGGCAUUAUAGCUAAAGCUCAUGGGGGUGAAGAGGACAAAGCUCAGUUAAGCACUGUCGACCGCCUUUUCGCUGGGGGUGUUGCUGGUGCUGUUGCUCAGACUGCUAUAUAUCCCAUGGACCUUGUCAAAACUAGGCUUCAAACUUUUGUGGGUGAAGCUGGAAAAGUUCCUAGGUUGACAACUCUAUCAAGAGAUAUUUGGGUACAUGAAGGAACAAGAGCAUUCUACAGAGGUCUUGUUCCUUCUCUUCUGGGUAUUAUCCCUUAUGCUGGGAUCGACCUUGCUGCAUAUGAAAAAUUUAAAGACAUGUCCAAGAAAUACAUUGUGGAAGAUGAGCCUGGCCCUUUUAUUCAACUGGGAUGUGGGACAUUGUCUGGAGCUCUUGGAGCAACAUGUGUUUAUCCCUUACAAGUUGUGAGAACUAGAAUGCAAGCUCAGAGGAGCAACACAGAUGGUGCCUAUAAAGGAAUGUUUGAUGUAUUUAAGAGAACUUUCAUGCAUGAAGGGCUUAGAGGUCUCUAUAAAGGAAUAUUUCCUAAUAUGCUUAAAGUUGUUCCAUCUGCAAGUAUAACUUAUCUGGUUUAUGAAUCCAUGAAAAAGAAUCUUGAUCUAGAAUAAACAGCUACUUGCUUCAUUCAUCGGCCGCCCUUCAUGAUUAAGACGAAUAUUUUUAGUCAGAACAUACUUAUUAUUGCUUGUGCUGGCGCUCGCCUUUGCCCUCCUCGCCUUCGAUAAUUCAAAGAGGGAAAAAUACAGGGGACAUUCUUUUUGUUUUGUUUUGUAAUUAUUUAUAGUAAAACUCAACUUGAUGAGAAUGAUCAUCUUUGAGAGUUAUCCAAAGUACUGGUCUAUUUCAUUUCUUCUUUUUGUAGCAGGGAUUGUAACAACAGAGGAAUGAAUAUGCAGACAUGAGUCAAUACCACACCACACCUCUUUCUUUCUUGUUUAUUUAAAAAAGACUUCACCUUUGAGGUUGGUAAAGAAUCUUUGUUCAUCGUAUCAUCAUUAUUAUAAUCUACACUUUAAAAAGAAAAA